AUGCCUACGCCACCGCCCGGGGCCAUGAUUCGGUCGGGCCUUCAACAGCUACAGCAGCCGACUGCUCCCGAAAAUCCUGCCUCAUCUCCCAGCAAGCGGGAUUUGAAGUCGUGGUGGAAGGGUUUCAAAUUACCCUCGGGAAAGAACCAAGAGGCAAACGGUACAGAUUCCCCCGUCCAGUCGAAAUCCAAAUCCAUUUCUUCGCCGUCGCGAUAUUCCGGCGUCUCGCGCUUUAAUGAAGAUAGUCGAUACCCAUUGCCCGCGCACCUCCAAGCUGUCCUAGCUCAGCACGACGCUCAGGUUGAAGCCCACGCCUUACCCCAAUUUCCCUCAGCAUCGCCUUCAGUUGUCAGGUCGAGUGAUGCGACUUCUGAGGACCACGGUGGAGCUUACCGAAGUCCCGGUCGCUUGAAAACUAUCGUGGUCGCUCCCUUUCGCUGUUUUAUCACCAAACCUCUCACAGAUCGAUUUUCUUCCCCUCUAUCCUCUACGCGUAAAGAGCAUACUAAGCCGUGCACAGUACCAGAAACGAAACCCCAUGGUAUUUUCGGUGUUCCUCUCCGGCAAAGCAUCACCUACGCGAACGUUGCCAUAUCUCUCGUGGACGAAAACGGGAGCAGCUAUAUAUACGGCUAUGUCCCGAUUGUCGUGGCCAAGUGCGGAGUGUUUUUGAAGGAGAAAGCUACCGAGGUCGAAGGCAUUUUCCGAUUGAACGGAUCGGAAAAACGUAUAAAAGAGCUGAAGAAUAUCUUUGACGAGCCUGACAGAUACGGCAAAGGUCUAGUUUGGGACAAAUACACCGUUCACGAUGCCUCGAACGUGUUCCGCAGAUACCUCAACGACCUCCCCGAGCCCGUCGUACCCCUCGACCUUUACGAAAAGUUCCGCGAUCCUCUCCGAGGCGCGACGAAACAGGCAACUGGUGAUGCAGAGGGACCUCAAUUCGUUGAGGAUUUCGACGAGCAAGCCGCUAUCGCGAAGUACCAGCAGCUUAUUACGGAGCUGCCGCCUCUUAACAGGCAGCUACUUCUCUACAUUCUCGACUUACUGGCUGUCUUUGCGGCGAAGUCUGAUUUAAAUCGAAUGAACUCUCAGAACUUGGCCGCCAUCUUCCAGCCUGGCAUGCUGUCGCAUCCUGGUCAUGCCAUGGCACCCGAGGAAUACCGACUUAACCAAUGUGUUUUGAUAUUCCUCAUUGAGAACCAAGACCACUUCCUCAUCGGAAUGCAAGGUACGGCUGCUGAUGAGAAAACGAAGCAAGAGGUAGAGCAUGGGACACCGGUGCUGGCUGCACCAGGCUCGCCAUCGACCCCAACGCCUGGUGGACAGGACUCAAACCUGGGUAGGUCCGCAUCAAAUGCUAGUGCGGGAGCCGAGAGCGUCCGGCGCGAUGGCAAGAUACGGCGCAAUCGCUCAACGUCGUCUAGACAUUCUCGAAACGAAGGCGGCGCCACUCCAGUAAGCCCUGUUAUCGUUACUACGCCCACAGGUGGCUUGGCAAGGAGCAACACAGUGCCGUCGAAGAAGUCCCCCGCUCUCGCAGCAGGACGGUUUCACAAGGAUUCUUCGCCCUUGGCAGUCAGACAACCCAACUUCACCACUGCUCCCGAAGACCUGAGCGGCGACUCUCCUGCCGCGUCCACCAUUACCCCGUCCAUCGCAGGGAACACCAGUCUUUCUCCUACCACCGGAGCCGGUGCCGGUCGCAGCCAAGAGAGGCUCCUAGAGCUGCCCUCUGAAGGUCUCUCGACGCCCACAAAAGAGCGAAACCUUCAAAGUCUUUUUCAGAGAUCCCCCACGAGUGAAGGCGACAAACGACAGCGUAACAAGCUAAAAAAGAGAGUUCCCGCUGGUGGAAUACAAAACGCCAGCGCACACAGCUCUACCGCAUCGUUACCUCAUUCGACCGGCAUCUCUCCUGGAAGAGAGUCCAGUAACCCCUUGGAAGCUCCUCCCGAGCGCCUGGAAGGCACACCCACCACUACUCCAAGCGAAUCCCAACAAGUACUUCCCGCCGGUGAUGACUCGUCGGAGCCUACCCCCCGAGGUUCUCAAAUGCCCGCGCCUCUCCCUACCCUCCACCCUGAAAAUUCUCUCAAGCCUAAAAAAUCACCGUCAACCUCUCUCCAUUCCUCAUUCAACGAGGGUUCCGAAUUUGACCACAUCGACGAGCAGCUGCCCGCAACGUCAAACGUAGAGGUACAGGAAAAGGAAAAGAAGAAGCGAUGGAGGCUCUCUCGACCCACUAAGAAGGACGAGGCCCCCGUUUCGCACCACUCUAACCUAGCGUCACCGCGCCCUGGGGUGGGAACAAAUCUCCAGGCCGAGGACAGCUCUCUAUCGCUUGCUAGCGGCAGUGUCGGCAAACCCCGAAAGAGCUUUACUAAUGAUAGCUCUGAUCCCGCGUCAUCCAUGGUCGAGACGCAGCUGACCCAGGAAUCGGGUAGCAGCAGUCAAAAGGAGAAGUCCGAGUCUGGAAAAGACGAGUCUACCAAGAACCCGAUCGGUUGGAUUAGGAACAAAUACCGAGAGGCCAAGGAGACGCAAGGACAACGUCGGAACAAAUCGCCACCCGCUCACAACAAGCAUGCAUCUUCAAGUACGAGCAUUCUCUCCCUUCGUGGCAAGAGUCUUGAUUUGAAGCGGGAGGAAGAAAAGUUGGCGCACUUGCAUCAGCACUCGCAACCACUAUUGCAACCGCAACCGCAACCGCAACCGCAGCACACUCCUCUGCCACCGAUCGUGGCCGUCGAGAAACCCUCUCAGCUGUCUCAAUCCCAUGCGCAAACCCCUCAACCGCAACCGCAACCAACCCCGCCGGUGGAAACCCCCGUGUUCACGCCCAACCCCCCGCAGCAACAGGCUGCGCCUCAUCAAUCCCCACCAAUUGCUCCGACGGCUCCGACGGCUCAUCAGGAAUAG